ACCCAGAAAAGUAGCCGAGAGGAAUCGCGUGAGUCAGUCAUCAUCCAACUAAAAGUAUACACUUUACCAUAAGAAGAACUUGGAUUGGAUUAAUAUUUGAAAUUCAUAAGAAUACAGUCUUUCUUUAUAUGUUGUAAGUAAUAUGCGCAUUGUACAAUUUUUAUAUGCAGAUAAACUGGGUUUAAACUGGACUUGAAUAUGUCUAAUGUCUACUCGUCUGAAAAAGUGGUUUGCCCUGGGAGAAAUUCACAAGACGAGCAGCUCAAUCAAAGUGCAUGUCAACUCAACCGGCUUGUGUCACUGAACUGUAAAAUAAGCAGAAAUACCUUGCAUACAAUAACAACGAGUUCAAGGACAAGAUGAAAAUCGCCAUUAUCGGUCAGUCCAUCUUCGCCACGAACGUGUACCGGCUCUUGCAACAGGAGGGACACGAGAUUGUGGGCGUCUUCACCGUUCCGGAUCAAGGUGGGAGGGAGGACCAUGUCGCCACAUCGGCUAAGACGGACGACGUUCCCAUCUUUAAAGUCCCGAGAUGGCGACUAAAAGGCCAAAUUCUUCCUGAGGUGUUUGAACUUUACAAAAGUAUUGGAGCGGAAUUGAACGUGCUUCCGUACUGCUCGCAAUUCAUUCCGAUGGAAGUAAUCAAUCAUCCCGUGCACAAGAGCAUUAUUUACCAUCCCUCAAUCCUCCCCAAGCACAGGGGGGCUGCCUCCAUCAACUGGACACUAAUUCACGGUGACAAGAAGGCUGGAUUUACCAUCUUCUGGGCUGACGAUGGGCUGGACACUGGACCAAUUCUCCUCCAAGAAGAGACCACGAUUGAAGAGAAUGACACAAUUGAGACUUUGUACAACCGUUUCCUAUUUCCGGAAGGGGUUGACGGGAUGGCGGAAGCCGUGGCGCGGAUCGAUGCAGGGACGGCCCCUAGGAUAACUCAGCCAGAAGAAGGUGCCUCCUACGAACCCAUGCUCAACACGAAGGAGGCCGCCCGCAUUAAAUUUGGAGAACUAGGGGCUCAUCAGCUGCACGACUUUAUUCGCGGGUGUGACAAGGUUCCCGGUGCUUGGAUGUGUCUCGAGGGAAUGGAGGUCAAAUGCUAUGGGAGCACGAUGUGGAGGGAGGAGCUUCCCAAAGGAGACGGCGUUUCUGAGUUCCUCGUGGAAGGGAUGCACCGAUCCGCCCUCGUCCACUCUGGCGGCAUGAUUCUCUUUGGUCUGGAUAACAAAGGGGUCAACAUUACCAAACUGGGACUUCCCACGGGCAAGAUGAUCGUGGCAGCAAAGUACGGACAGGCGGACGACUCCAAGUCCGACCUGGGUGAAGUGACCCCCGAAGAAAAGAAAAUGCUCCAACAACUUGCCACCAUUUGGGAGGCCAUCAUUGGAGUCGUCGUGGAGGACUCGACCGACUUUUUCGCCUCCGGUGCCGGUUCCAUGGACGUCACAAGAAUGGUGGAAGAGGUUCGAGAAAAGUUUGAGGUCGAUUUGGAAACGGCCGAUGUUUACAUGGCCACUACGUACGAGGAAUUCUCUCAGGAGCUGAUUCUCGCCAAGAGGGGGACGAGAGGGAAGGCUCCACUCGUCAUCGACUACGUCAGGAUGCACGCCAAUAAUCGCGACAUUUGCUUCCCACACCAACUUUUAAUCAAUAAUCAAUUCGUCCCCAGUUCCAACCCAGCCAAGAAGUUGAGGAGCAUUAAUCCGACGGACGAAUCGGUGAUUUGUGAAGUCGAGUUUGCAACGGUUGAGGACGUCGACAAGGCAGCUAAAGCUGCCGCGGCGGCCUUUGAGAGUGGCGAAUGGUCUCAAAUGAAUGCCAGGGAUCGUGGCAAGCUGCUCAACAAAUUGGCAGAUCUGAUGGAACUUCACAAAGAAGAACUCGCUACGAUUGAAAGUCUUGACUCUGGGGCAGUUUACACUCUCGCAGUAAAAACCCACAUUGGGAUGAGUAUCGACACGUGGCGUUAUUUUGCUGGAUGGUGUGACAAGAUAGAAGGCAAAACCAUUCCAAUCAACAAUGCGAGACCUAACAAAAAUCUGAGCUUCACUAAAAGGGGACCCAUUGGCGUUUGUGGACUAAUCACUCCGUGGAAUUAUCCACUAAUGAUGGUUUCCUGGAAAAUGGCAGCGUGUCUUGCAGCUGGAAACACCGUUGUUCUCAAACCAGCUCAGGUUUGUCCCCUAACCGCACUGAAACUUGGCGAGCUGGCGAUUCAGGCCGGAUUUCCCCCCGGCGUGAUCAACAUCCUUCCCGGAACUGGAUCAGUCUGCGGUCAAGCCAUUGCUGAACAUCCCCUCGUCCGCAAAUUAGGCUUCACUGGCUCCACUCCGAUUGGAAAGCAGAUUAUGAAAACAUGCGCCGAGAGCAACUUGAAGAAAGCGAGUUUGGAACUGGGAGGAAAGUCUCCACUCAUAAUUUUCAAGGAUGCUGACCUUGACAAAGCCGUUCGGGGCGCGUUGUCUGGCGUAUUUUUUAACAAGGGGGAAAACUGUAUCGCUGCAGGCCGAUUGUUCGUGGAGGAGUCAAUUCUCAAAAAAUUUGUGCGUCGAGUCCUCACUGAGACCAAGAAAAUGGUGAUUGGUGAUCCCCUCGAUCGAUCUACGGCACAUGGACCACAAAAUCACAGAGCACAUUUAGAAAAGUUGGUAGAAUAUUGCGAGAUUGGGGUGAAAGAGGGGGCAACUCUUGUCCAUGGGGGGCAUCAAAUCAAAAGGAAAGGACUCUUCUUCGCCCCCACAAUUUUUACAGAUGUCGAGGACCACAUGUACAUUGCAAAGGAGGAAUCCUUCGGUCCCAUCAUGAUCAUUUCCUCCUUCCGAGACGGUGACGUGGAUGGGGUUCUGAGACGCGCAAAUGACACCGAAUUUGGACUCGCUGGUGGCGUAUUCACCAAAGAUUUAGCAAAGGCGUUGAAAGUGUCGGAGAGAUUGCAUGCAGGGACGUGUUUUGUGAACUGUUACAAUAAGACGGACGUGGCCGCACCCUUCGGUGGCUUCAAACAGUCCGGCUUUGGCAAGGACCUUGGUCAGGAAGCUCUCAAUGAGUACUUGAUCACCAAAACCAUCACAGUCGAGUAUUAG